GCCAGGUUCGUUCUCGUCUGGCCGACGCAGGCCGAACCGGACCGAGGAGACCCGAGUGGGGCCGAGGCCCGCGGCCCCGCGGCUUUGAGCGCAGGUGGCAGGGCGCGCCCCACCCAGCGGCCAGGCGGAGCCAAAGAUGCUGACUUCUGCCACGCUGCCCCUCCUGGGCUCCCAGCCGCCUCCGGCCUUGCCCUUCCCGCUGCUGCUGCUGGCGGUGCUGAGCGGCCCGGUAUCCGGCCGCGUCCCCCGCUCGGUGCCCAGGACCUCGCUUCCUAUCUCGGAGGCUGACUCCUAUCUCACGCGGUUCACUGCCCCGCAGACAUACAAUUACUCUGUCCUCCUUGUGGAUCCUGCUUCCCAUACACUUUAUGUUGGUGCCCGGGACACCAUCUUCGCUUUAUCCCUGCCCUUCUCAGGGGAGAGACCCCGCAGGAUUGACUGGAUGGUACCUGAGGCCCACAGACAGAACUGUAGGAAGAAAGGCAAGAAGGAGGACGAAUGUCACAAUUUUGUCCAGAUUCUCGCCAUUGCCAAUGCCUCUCACCUCCUCACUUGUGGCACCUUCGCUUUUGAUCCGAAGUGCGGGGUUAUUGAUGUGUCCAGUUUCCAGCAGGUUGAAAGACUUGAGAAUGGCCGGGGGAAAUGUCCUUUUGAGCCAGCUCAGCGGUCAGCAGCUGUAAUGGCUGGGGGGGUCCUCUAUGUCGCCACUGUGAGAAACUACUUGGGGACGGAGCCGAUAAUCUCCCGGGCUGUGGGUCGCGCCGAGGACUGGAUUCGGACAGAGACCUUGCCGUCCUGGCUUAACGCCCCAGCCUUUGCUGCAGCCGUGGCCUUGAGCCCAGCCGAGUGGGGGGAUGAAGACGGAGAUGAUGAGAUCUACUUCUUCUUUACGGAGACUUCCCGAGCAUUUGACUCAUAUGAGCGCAUUAAGGUCCCACGGGUGGCCCGUGUGUGUGCGGGGGACCUUGGGGGCCGGAAGACCCUCCAGCACAGAUGGACAACAUUUCUGAAGGCUGACCUGCUAUGUCCAGGGCCUGAGCAUGGCCGGGCCUCCAGCGUCCUGCAGGACGUGGCUAUUCUCCGACCUGGGCAUGGAUCGGAGACCCCCAUCUUUUACGGCAUCUUUUCCUCCCAGUGGGAGGGGGCGGCCAUCUCUGCUGUCUGUGCCUUCCGACCACAGGACAUUCGGACAGUGCUGAGUGGUCCCUUCAGAGAGCUGAAACAUGACUGCAACAGGGGACUGCCUGUCAUGGACAACGAUGUACCCCAGCCCAGGCCUGGAGAGUGCAUCACCAACAACAUGAAGCUCCAGCAGUUUGGCUCAUCACUCUCCCUGCCUGAUCGUGUGCUCACCUUCAUCCGGGACCACCCCCUUAUGGACAGGCCAGUGUUUCCAACCGAUGACCAUCCCCUGCUCGUCACUACAGACACAGCCUAUCUCAGAGUUGUGGCCCACAGGGUGACCAGCCUUUCAGGGAAAGAGUAUGAUGUGCUCUACCUGGGGACAGAGGAUGGACACCUCCACCGAGCAGUGCGGAUUGGAGCCCAGCUCAGCGUCCUGGAGGAUCUGGCCUUAUUCCCGGGGCCACAGCCAGUUGAGAGUAUGAAAUUGUAUCAAAGCUGGCUCCUGGUGGGCUCCCGUACCGAGGUGACACAAGUGAGCACAGCCAACUGUGGCCGUCUCCAGAGCUGCUCAGAGUGCAUUCUGGCCCAAGACCCUGUCUGUGCCUGGAGCUUCCGGCUGGAUGCAUGUGUGGCCCAUGCUGGGGAGCAUGGCGGGCUGGUCCAAGACAUAGAGUCAGCAGAUGUCUCUUCUUUGUGUCCCAAAGAGCCUGGAGAACACCCAGUAGUGUUUGAAGUUCCUGUGGCUACAGUGGCACAUGUGGUCUUGCCAUGUUCCCCAAGUUCAGCAUGGGCGUCCUGUGUGUGGCACCAGCCCAGUGGAGUGACUGCACUUACCCCUCGGCGGGAUGGGCUAGAGGUGGUGGUAACCCCAGGCGCCAUGGGUGCUUAUGCCUGCGAAUGUCAGGAGGGGGGGGCGGCCCGUGUGGUAGCUGCUUACAGCUUGGUGUGGGGCAGCCAGCGGGCCCCCCCAAGUCAGGCCCACACAGUGGGGGCGGGACUGGCCGGCUUUCUCCUGGGGGUUCUUGCAGCAUCCCUGACUCUCCUUCUGAUCGGUCGGCGUCAGCAGCGACGGCGACAGAGGGAACUUCUGGCUAGAGACAAGGUGGGCUUGGACCUAGGGGCCCCACCGUCUGGGACCACGAGCUACAGCCAGGACCCUCCCUCACCUUCUCCUGAAGAUGAACGGCUGCCCCUGGCCCUGGCCAAGAGGGGCAGUGGCUUUGGUGGCUUCCCUCCACCCUUCCUGCUUGAUCCUUGCCCGAGCCCAGCCCACAUUCGGCUUACUGGGGCUCCUCUAGCCACAUGCGAUGAAACGUCCAUCUAGGGCAAGUGACCACUAGUGCUCGGGUGACCGUUGGAGGGGGAUGACCAUCGAGAUGCUGGGGGUACUGGGCCUGGAAGACGGUCAUGGGCUCUGAGUUCUCUUUGGUCUUUGCAUCUGCCCUCUUGGGGCCUGGCUGGGCUCGAGGCCAAGCCUGUGCUUGAUUUCCUGAUUCCCACGAGAGACCAGAGCUGCUGUCUCCAGUGAAUCAGGACUUUUCCCACCUCUGCCCUCUGAACCGCUGAGACCCCCUUCAGCCUUGGCCUCCUCUCUUCAGGGAUGGGCUACAGGACAUAGCUCUGACUUUGCCUUCUGGUGGGCCCUGGCCGGAAGGAAGAGCACUAGAGGUGGUGGGGGGCUAGUGUGCAUUAAGUCCUUCUGUUCAUUCUCUUAGUUUAUCGGAUUCUCUGUGGGGAGUGCAUGAUCCCCGUGUUGCAACAUGAAAUCUCUGCCCUGAGAUGUCCCCCAACCCAGUUAGUUGCCCUUCUUCCAUGAAAGAGUGUGUGUCAAUAUGCAGGUGUUUGUGGGAGGCCUGGCCACACGUGCAUGCAUGACUGGGCCAGUGCUCUGGUGUACCCCUGGGGGUCAGGCCCGGUGCUCGGGUGUACCCCUGGGGGGUCAGACGGGGGAAGAUGGGAAUGAGGCAUUGCCUGCAGAACUUCAGACCCUGUAGCCAGUGAAGGAAUGGUUUUCCUUUCUAAAAGGAAACAAACCACCCCCCCAUCCCCAUCACCUCCCACAACCCUUCUCUUGAGUAGAGGGAAAACCCCCAAAGUGACCUUUUGGGUGGGAGGGGCAGCGGUACACAUGACCCCAUCAUUUUCUUUGUUUUUGCCUCCCGGCUGCCACCACUGCCACACAGAGCUGUUCUUUCUCUGGCUGGAGUAUAGGCUGGACCCCUCUUCUUCGGCUCCCGUUAAAAAAACUUCACAACAUUCUAAGCAUUAAGGGACAACAAAAGGGGAACAGUCAUAGGAAAUACAAGUUGCAUAAAAAUAGGUUUGUAUCAGUGACUUUACUCAGGUUGACACCCUUGCCCUAAGUCAGAAGUUCUCCACCUGGGGUCCGUGGACUCCCUGACAUCGUAUGCAAAAUGCUGUCUGUACAUGUGUGUCUGUAUUUUGAUGGGGGGUGGGGUGGGUGGGUAUGGCUUUCAUCAGCUUCUCAAGGCCUUAACAAAGCUAAAGGACCGUGCCUCGAGGUCGCCACCCAGUGGUCAAGCUGAGGGAGUGCCACUCACGGCAGUUCUUCCUGCCCCACCAUCCGUUCCCUGUGGUCAGCCCCUGGACUCACAGCCGCUGGAUGCCCUCUUGUUUCUCCGGUUUCUGGAAGCUGGGCUCUGCGUGUAUUUGAAGAUACUAUCAAUUCCUACCAAACAUAAAGACCUCUUCCUGCUUCACAGCUCCCAGAUGACCUAGGCGUCUCCUACUCAGUUCUGGUCUUGGCCUGUGUAUGUGCCUCUUUCAUCCCUGGUAAGGGACCCCCUUGAGCUCCAGUGAAUGAUCCAGCCCUUCCCAGUUGAAGUUUUCAGCUCUACUUUCCUUGGCAGCAGCCUGUGAACUAUUCAAAAGAGUCCCCUUGGGCUUGGAAUUACCAGUGGCUUUGCCACUAAUAGGUGUAUGAUUUUCAGCAAGUAAUCUAAUGUAGGAACACUGGUUUACUCAUCUGUAAAGUGGGGAUAGUAAUACCUACCUCAGGGUUGCUGCAAGGAUUGGAUGGGAAAACAUGUAAACAAUAAAGCACUAUCUAUACCAGGAGAUGUUGUUACUGUAAAAAUUGACCUAUGAUGCCAUAAUCCUAUAGCUGAACCAUAUGAUAACCGUGACACAUGUAAUCACUGUAAGCCCCAUUCUGUGGGAGGAGGAUCAUUGGCUCACACAGACAUACUGUCCUGGGUCCUCUCUGGCCAGAUCUUAGCUGCUGGUGUCCAGGUUUUGGGAGGCUGGGCCUGUGAUUUUUGUGAUCCUCAGAUGUGCCUAAGCUUAGUGACCUUCUUAGUCCUAUAUGAGAAUGGAGGAAGUCUUGUGUUUAUCCUCACUUUGUUCUCUUGAGGUUAUGGGUUUGUUCCAUUUUGGGGGAGGAAGAGAGGUGAGGAGAUGUCAGAGGGGCUUGGGGUCUCUGUGAGGAGGAAAGGGACCAGAUCACAGUGGAUUUGGGGCAUUUGGUCCUUGGAUAGUGGCUCUGGUUGGAGGAAAACGAGAAAUGUAGGAAAAAAUGAGGAAGAGGGAGAUAGGCAUGAAGGAAAAAGAGCCACUUCUUGGUUGGUGUGAAGUUCAAGCCCCCAAAGUGAGUGGGUAGCACAGGAAUAUAAAGCCAACUCCCUAAGAAAUAGUGUGAAUAACUGAUUGCAUGAUCUUUUACUUGUGAAGGUGUGUGAGAACGGCGAAGAUCUGUCUGUGGAUAAGGGAGCUAAAGAAGGGUGCAGGGUUCCUGCAGGGAGAAUUGUAAGGAUUCUGGCAGCCAGAGACCUGCCUGGCUUCACACGUUAAAGCAGCCACGGGGAGGGGGAGGGUUGGGCUUUGUGUUUUUAUUUAUCCCUUGACUCCAAAGAAUGCACACUUUCUGGCCCUCACUCUUCAAUUCUCCUCUGUUUUUGGCUCUGGCCCCUGGCCCAUGCAAUGUGACUCUUGGCUUGCCCCUAACCGGUGGUCUGCUGCUACCCACAUGGCCUUACUGAAAGAGCCAGAGAGGGAUGCUGGCUGUUGACUCUUACAAGCCAGGUGAGCUCCAGCACUCCACUGGCCCUAACCCAGCAGGAGGCUGACUCACUUCCUUUCUCAGGCACCCUCC